GGAAGGGCCACGCCCGGCCCGUCGCCGGCUUCGGGAGGCGCCCGCGGGGACCUCAGGCUGUCGGUGCCCGCGCUCUGCCGCCGCAGCCGCCGUGAAGACGCGGCCCUGAGGGAGGCCCCCGGAGCCCCUGUGCCGAGAGCCGCGACGCUGGCGCGGAGCAGACAGGCAGCCCGCGGGCAGCCCGCGUUCGAGGACCUCGGCGGCGGCGCGGCGGCGCGCGGGAAUCGCCGCGUUUUAAAGUCGGGCUGCGACUCUGCCGCCGCGCUCCGCUCCGGAGAUGAGGCUGCACUGCGAGGCGGAGGUGGUCAGUCGGCACUUGCCGGCCUUGGGGUUGAGGAACCGGGGCAAGGGCGUCCGCGCGCUGUUGAGCCUCUGCCAGCAGGCGCCCCGAAGCCCCCCGCGGCCUCCGGCCGGGCGAGCGGGAGCCCCGCGGCCCGCCUGCCUGCUCGUCGCCACCCUGAAGGACAAGCGCGGGACCCGCUACGAGCAGCUAAAGGGGAACAUUGAGCAAUUCUUCACCAAAUUUGUGGAUGAGGGGAAAGCCACUGUUCGAUUAAAGGAACCUGCUGUGGAUAUCUGCCUAAGUAAGGCCAAUUCCAGCAGUUUAAAGAGUUUCCUUUCAGCUCUGAGACUGGCUCAUAGAGGCUGUGAUGUUGAGACACAAUUUUCACCCCUCACACCAGUGAAGACUUCAGAAUUUGAAAAUUUUAAAACUAAAAUGGUCAUCACAUCCAAAAAGCACUAUCCUCUAAGCAAAAACUUCCCAUAUUAUCUGGAACAUCUUCAGACUUCUUAUUGUGGGCUUGUCCGAGUUGAUAUGCGUAUGCUUUGCUUAAAAAACCUUAAGAAAUUAGACUUGAGUCACAAUCAUAUAAAAAAGCUUCCAGCUACAGUUGGAGACCUCAUUCACCUUCAAGAACUUAACCUGAAUGACAAUCACUUGGAGUCAUUUAGUGUGGCAUUGUGUCAAUCUACACUCCAGAAAUCACUUCGGAGUUUGGAUCUGAGCAAGAACAAAAUUAAGGCACUACCUGUGCAGUUUUGCCAGCUCCGAGAACUUACAGAUUUAAAACUUGAUGAUAAUGAAUUGAUUCAAUUUCCUAUGAAGAUAGGACAAUUGAUAAACCUGCGAUUUUUGUCGGCAGCUCGAAAUAAGCUUCCGUUUUUGCCUAGUGAAUUUAAAAAUUUGUCCCUUGAGUACUUGGAUCUUUUUGGAAAUACUUUUGAACAGCCAAAAGCUCUUCCAGUUAUAAUGCUGCAAACACCAUUAACUUUAUUGGAAUCUUCUGCACGAACCAUAUUACAUAAUAGGAUUCCAUAUGGCUCUCAUAUUAUUCCUUUCCAUCUUUGCCAAGAUUUGGAUACUGCAAAAACCUGUGUCUGUGGAGGAUUCUGUCUGAACAGUUUUAUUCAGGGGAUGACUACCAUGAAUCUACACUCUGUUGCUCACACUGUGGUCUUAGUAGAUAAUAUGGGUGGCACUGAAGCACCAAUUAUUUCUUAUUUCUGUUCUCUGUCAUGUUAUGCAAAUUCCUGUGAAAUGCUAAAGUAAUAGAUGAUACCACAAAAAGAAAUUAAAGAUCGGUUUGGGAUUCAUUUUUGGUUUAGCAAUGUCAAAUUGGAAAAAGGGAAGCUUUUUUUGCAUACAUAUUUGAGGGGGAGAAUGUGUUUUACUCUGAUAACAUUUUUAAUAAUUUGACUGAAAAACCUUGAUUUUAUUAAAAUCUGAUUUUUUAUUAUGGGGUUAACUUUUGUGUUUAUUGCACUUGUGUUGAUUUUAGCCUAGUGUGUCCAGAAUUAUGUAUGGGAUUAUCUUUUAAUGUUAAGCAGAUAGUAAUCCCAUUCACUCUGGUCAUAGAGUUUUCUUACCUGCUUUCUUCUUUCAUGAAAGAAAUAAAAAGAAAUUGAGUUUUUGUAUGCAGAAAA